GUCAGAGACAAGUUUAUGAACGAGGUAUGUUGCAUAUGCAACGAAGAAUUUGUGCAAAGUUCCUUCGUCUACGAAAUGAGUUGCAGACACGCAUUCCAUUUCAAAUGUUUGGACACUUGGCUAGAAAACAAAACAAUUUGUCCGUACUGCCAUAAAGCUGUUGUA